CUUGCUUUAACGACAGAUGCGCUUCUGCCUUACCGAGAUUUCUGCCUGACCGCAGUGAGGUUUCACUCUCAGCGCAUCUAAACCUCGACAAUCUUUAUGUGGCCUUACAUUGCACGGUAGGCAAUGGAGCGCUCGGCAACGAAGCAGCAGCGACUCUCUGCUGCAGGCGGACGAGUUGUCGCGGGCUCAGAGUCGAACGAGGAGCAAACAGGCCUUGAUAGACUGCCUCAGGAGAUAGUAACAAGAAUACUGACUCAAGUCAUUAACAGUGGCCGUGGCCGUGGCGCAUACGCAUCUUGCCGGGGCUGGCGCGAGCUCUUUCUUUCUCCAUUGUCGACGAUCGACGGCGCGGCGCACUACCUCCUGCACAAAUGUGGUAGCAAUGACGCCAUCACUGCCAUUUAUGUUGGCAAGUACUCCGGUAUCCUGCAGCUGAUGGUCCAACUGGACACUACUCGGCGGCAGGCCCUGCCAGGCCUGAGGCACAGCGCCAAGCCCCUGCCGGGCGCCGUGCCCGGCCCCCCGCCGCACGCCCCCCUCCCGCUCCCGCUGCCGCUCCCCCCGACCAGCGACCUGGACUUCGCGGCUGCUCUUGAGAUCUUUGACAGCGAGGGGGCCGAGCAGCUUGCCUGGAUCGAUACGGAAGACAGACUGGCGCAACAGCUUGUGGAGAGGCUAGUUUCGUUGGGCGCCACAGUCAACUUCAAGCAGCUCCUUUCACGGGCGUGCGCCGCAGGCCACAUUUGCCUCGUUCGGCGACUUCUGUCAUGCGAACUGCAGCUAUUGCUGCCGCCACCAGGCAGGGCGCCGCAGCCGCCAGAGUCAAUGCUGUCACGGCAACAGCGGGCGUGCAAGGACCUGCGAUGGACGUUUCUGGUGGCAUGCUACGUGGACACAAUCAAGCAAGCCCGCCACGCCGGCCGCUGCAUGAAGCUACUGCAGCUACUGCGGAAAUUAUACCGGGAGCAGGAGGCAGGUGACGGCGGUGGCGGCGGCCCUGCUGCUUACGCCGGUGCUGAUGUCCCGGAUCGUCUUUGCAAUCUAGAGCGUCAGUCUCUGGCGGCAAAUACGAACCCGCGCGUGGUGCUGGGACUCGUGACGUGGAUGGCACACCCAUGGGCCUCUGGCGCCGCCUUCCGCACCUCCGGCGGCGCCGCUGGAGCAGCAGGAGCUACUGCCGGCGCUACGGCGGCCGGUCCCUCUACGUCCGCGUCGUCAUCAGGCACCGCUGCCAUGCUGCUGCCUACUGCUGCUACCGUUGCAGACAGGCUGGCCCCCUGGAGUGUGUGCAGCAGAGAGCACGGUACCAGUGCUGCUACUGCUGCCGACGUCACCAGCGCCACGGUCCCCGAGCCGCUGCCGAGUCGGCGCAAGCGGCAGAUGCUACAGCGGGAGCAGGCGAGCCAGCAGCGGUAGGAGACGCCGGCGGCAGCGGCGGUAGCAGCGACAACGUGUACAGUGC